CAAAGACCGACUGCACAGACAGGUAGUACUAACAGUACGCCGUUCACCCGGCGGGAUGGAAUGAGUUUUACUUCUGGGGUUCAUUCAUUUCUGAGUGUCACGCUAACGACUCCGGCUAGCUAGCAGCGGCUAGCAAACAUUUAGCCAGCCUGACUUGGGAGUUUCUGUGCUUCGCUGACCUCAAAUGAGCUUCAUUUCAACCUGAAGCGACGCGUAUUUUUCGUUUUGUUUACCUGUUGUGAAAUAAGUUGAUUGUGUCGCGGUUUUUGUUUUGUUUUUUGCAGUUAAAUUUUAGUUUUAAGGAUCUGAUUGAGCGACUGGUCUAAGUUCAAACGGUAGCAAGGACACAUGGGUUCUGCUGCACGAGAGUACGCAGCUUGUUUUGCACUCUCUCCAUGUUUGGUCAGUGUAUUCGUGCUGACUGCACCCUCUCUGUCGGGUUGUGUUUACCUGACGUCUAAACCACGGCUGUAGUUGAGUCCGUGGUCCUCGUGCUCUCUUCCUGCGGACGGUGGUCUCACAGCCGCACGGGAGUAGAGCAGAUGAGGCACAGCUGUCUGAGGACUGAAGGAAACGUGACACUGAGCCAGACAUGGAGAUGAGCCCCUAACAGCUGCUGAACCUCGGCAGCUUCUGCUUAAUGUCACGAUUCAAAUAAAGACUGCUUGUGCCCCACAGGCCUCGGGGCUUGUUGAGGAGCAGGCGUACCAUUGGUAUUUCCAGAUCUGCCACAUCUUGCCAGUUCCAAAGGUGUUGCCGCCAUGCCUGCCAGAAACACUGCUGCCAAGAGAAAAUCUGAAGCUGUUAUACAAGAUGAAGCAGCGCCCAAGAAAGUAAAAGUAUCGCACAAGAGCCAUGGUACAGAAGCUGGCGUGGUUCUGGUUUUGGGUCAGGGCGAUGUGGGACAGUUGGGUUUAGGUGAGGACGUCCUACAGAGGAAGAAACCGGGCCUCGUCUCUAUGCCAGAGAAAAUUGUGCAGGUGACAGCUGGAGGAAUGCACACUGUAUGCCUCAGUGAGUCUGGAAAUGUCUACACCUUCGGUUGUAAUGACGAAGGUGCUCUUGGCCGAGAAGGGUCUGAGACGGUUCCAGGAAAGGUGGAGCUUGAUGAGAAGGUGGUUCAGGUGUCUGCGGGGGACAGCCACUCUCUUGCACUGACAGACAGUGGAUCGGUGUACAUUUGGGGCAGCUACAGGGAUAACAAUGGUGUCAUUGGUCUUCUGGAGCCCUUGAACUCAUCUCCUAAGCCCGUCAAGCUCUCCUUGGAAGAGCCUGUUGUGAAAAUUGCUUCAGGGAACGAUCACGUGGUUCUGUUGACACAGGAGGGAAACCUUUACACUGCGGGCUCAGCGGAGCAGGGGCAGUUGGGGAGAGUGCCUGCGAUUUUUUCAGAGAGAGGAGGCAGGACAGGACUCGCGAGGCUGUUGGAGCCUCAGGCGGUCCGAGUCAAAGGGAAGGCUCACUUCAUCGAUGUGUUCUGCGGAGCAUACGACACCUUUGCUGUGACGAAAGAGGGGCAUGUGUAUGGAUUCGGCCUCUCAAACUAUUACCAGCUGGGCAAUAAGAAUCUCAACACUUCUUAUGUCCCGGUAAAACUGACAACUUUCAAGAACUCUACCACGACCUGGGCCGAAUUUGCUGGAGGACAACAUCACACCGUCUGCCGUGAUGCUGAAGGGCAUGUGUACAGCCUGGGCAGAGCAGACUACGGCCGCCUCGGUCUGGGCCCAGGAGUAGAAGAGAAGAGUGAACCCACACGUGUAACGCUAACGGAGCCGGCUAAAGCAGUAGCUUGUGGAGCAUCUGUCAGCUUCGUGGUCACUAAAGACGGGUCUGUGUACGCCUGGGGCAUGGGCACCAACCUGCAGCUCGGCACAGGAGAGGAGGAUGACGAGUGGAGCCCGGUGAAGAUGACGGGGCAGCAGCUGGAGAACCGUGUAGUACUGAUGGUCUCCAGCGGAGGGCAGCACACGGUCCUUCUGGCCAAAGACAAGCAGGACAAAUGAUG